AUGAGCACGUCUCUGAAUUACAAGUCUUUCUCGAAGGAGCAGCAGACCAUGGACAACCUGGAGAAGCAGCUGAUUUGCCCGAUCUGUUUAGAGAUGUUCACCAAACCUGUGGUGAUCCUCCCGUGCCAGCAUAAUCUGUGCAGAAAAUGUGCCAGCGACAUUUUCCAGGCCUCUAACCCGUAUUUGCCAACAAGAGGAGGCACCACUGUGGCAUCUGGAGGCCGAUUCAGGUGCCCUUCCUGCAGGCACGAAGUGGUUCUGGACCGACAUGGGGUCUAUGGUCUCCAAAGGAACCUGCUGGUGGAAAACAUCAUCGACAUCUACAAGCAGGAGUCCACGAGACCAGAGAGAAAAUCAGACCAGCCGAUGUGUGAAGAGCAUGAAGAGGAACGGAUCAACAUUUACUGCCUGAACUGUGAGGUGCCUACAUGCUCCAUGUGCAAAGUCUUUGGAGCGCACAAAGACUGCCAGGUCGCUCCUCUCACCCACGUGUACCAGAAUCAGAAGUCGGAACUCAGCGAUGGCAUCGCAGUCCUCGUGGGAAGCAAUGAUCGGGUGCAGGGAAUUAUCAGUCAGCUGGAAGAGACUUGCAAGGCUGUAGAGGAAUGCUGCAGAAGACAGAAACAGGAGCUGUGUGAAAAAUUUGACUACCUAUAUGGAAUCCUUGAAGAAAGAAAGAAUGAAAUGACCCAGAUCAUUACUAGAAGUCAAGAGGAGAAACUGGAUCAUGUCCGCUCUCUGAUGAAAAAGUACGGAGACCACCUGGAGAUGGUGUCUAAGCUGGUGGAGUCUGGCAUUCAAUUCAUGGAUGAGCCCGAAAUGGCGGUUUUUCUACAGAAUGCCAAAACAUUGCUACAAAAGAUUUCUGAAGCAUCUAAAGCAUUUCAGAUGGAGAAAAUUGAGCAUGGCUAUGAAAACAUGAACCAUUUCACAGUCAACCUUAAUAGAGAGGAGAAGAUAAUAAGAGAAAUUGACUUCUACAGAGAGGGGGAGGCAGAUGAAGAGGAGGAAGUGGCGGAGGGCGAAGAGUUGGAGGACGUUCGUACUGAAUCAUCAGGAGAGGAGGAAACCUCAGAGAGAGUAUCUCAGCCACUUCAGCUGGACCCCGAGCCUCAGGCCAACCCCCAGGCCGCUCCCCAAGCUGACCCCGUGAUACUUCGUGCGCCUUCUCUGGAGUCUGCUCCUCACUCCCCAGCCACUGCUCCCAUUCCUCAGGGGGAGGUUGCGCCCACUGGGGCUCAGCAGACCACAGAGUCUGAAAGUCAAGUGCCGUCGCCGGUGGAAACUGCGGAUCCCUUGUUUUACCCUAGUUGGUAUAAGGUCCAAAACCGCCCAGCGUCCAACCCAACAUCCACCCUCAGGAGCGAUGGUACGGGUCAAGUAGGGCCUUCGGUUUCUAAGGCGACGCGCGUGCAGAAGGCGGAGGAGGCCGAAGCGGCAGCCAGGGAGAGGGCAGGAGCCAGUGGUGUGGAUACUAGUCCAGCCACCGCCCCUUCUCAGACUGGGUCUGAGGCUCCUUCCACGGGGCACGGGGACGUCAUCCAAGGGAAUGGGGACAGAGUCGAGACCGAGCCGGCUCAACACGUCUUCUCCUUUUCCUGGUUAAACUCCCUGAGUGAAUGAUGCUUGCUGCUGCUGGAGAAGAAUGUCCCGGCUCUUCCAACCGCUAGGCCGAGGGACCUCAGAGGCCGCAGGUGGUUCGGCCGGGAUGGAUGUCGAGAGCAGCCCGGAGAGCCCCGAGCUUUCAUUCCCUCUCUGUUACCCGCCACGUAGGAGGGAAAUGGAGAGAGGGACAGGAGAUGGCAUUUUGUAUGAAUACGGAAUAUUGAAUUUUGAUAUGAAGCUUUAUUGUGGGUGUGUAGGUGUGUCACAGUUACCUCUAAAGGAGAAAGAGUGAAAAAAAGUGAAACCUGGUGCUUUUUCUAACUGGCACUCUGGCUCUCCCUAACAAUAUCACUGGCCAAUGAAAAUAUCAUUCCCAUGUUAACUCAUAAAUAAGUCAUUUAGCAGCUCCUUGCCAAUUCCUGUGCAGUAGCUGCUGCAGCUACUGACCAGAACUCCUGACCGCUGCCAUUUCAUUCAGGGACGGACGAAACUCAGGGGUGAGGAAUCUCUCUUCACCUG